UCGGCAGGGCAGCUGGGGCGAUCAAUGACAAGGCGUGAAGAUGUGAAUCCACACACAUGCACGUAUGGCGACUGCACGCCCGAGUCACUCGUCAAUCAACAUGUACCCACACACACCAGGCCAUGCAAGUAGCUGGCCACACACACACAUACACACACACCUCUCACAGUGGACAGACGCCUCACGAAGAAAUAGAUCAUCCGGAUGUCUGCCGGCUCCCCUCAACAUGCAUAUAUCCCUCCCCUCCCCCCAACACACACAUACAACACAUGACAGACAGGACACCGUUGACGGCAAAGGAGCCAGCCCUUACAACAGGAACAACACCACACAAUGCACAUCGCGCGUAUUGCUUUGAUUGGUCGUAAUAAAACCGACAACCGACACACGCAUCACUUGAGCCACUUAUGUUGACUCAGUCAUACCAGCCCACCACACAAACACGCACACACACACACACACACACAGAGAGAGAGAGAGAGAGUGACGUCCUCGAGAUUACACCACACCACAAAAGACAGAACCGCCACAACGGAGAAAUGUACCCUUACAGACCGCCACACACAGCCACACACAGACAGUUUGGCACACAUGCACCACGCACCCCUGCCAGCCAGACUAUCAGCUGCACAUUAAUCCAAACAUACAUACCUACAUUACGCCAACGAAUUAGGCCGCCUCUUCUGCCAAAGCCACUCACUGGAUCGGUGUUCAGCAACCGAUUAGGAAGACGCCGUGGUGUCCGAUCCGCCACUAGUCGCUGCCUCCUGGUCGGUCGUCAUCGGCUCCAUCUGCACCACAGUCACUGCGGUGAGCGCUGAGGGUGCGAUAGGCGUCGUCACGCUGACGGCGGUUGGCGGCUUGGUCUUGGGGGCGAGGGCGGCCACAGCCUUCUGGAAGCGGAUCGUCAUGGCGUCGCUCUUGCCGGUAUUGGCCGUAUAGCUGCAGAAGCCAAUGGAGAAAAACCCGGAUGCCAAUCAAGUACACCGUGCAGUUCAUCCCUUAUGUGUGUGUGCGUGUGUACCAGCCGUCGAUGGACUGCCAGCUGUCCUGGUCGAAGCGGCCGGUGACGUCCACGCGGAGGUACAGCUUGCCGGUGAUGGCCUUCUCACCCCACGACAGCUCCCCGGUCGUCGCAUUGUAAAACCCCGCCACCCUGAAGUCUCCGUCUUUGUCGCUUCCCUUCCCCCUGACGCGGCCGUCGUACUCGAAUGUGAGCAUGUAUUUGGUCGUCCAGCUCUCGCCGUUCUCCUCGAAGGUGCCGACCCACUGGCCGGACUGAGGGGGCGUGGCGGUCGGUGUGGGAUUGAUGCGCUCCUCCCGGCUCUUGGCGAGACGAUGAUAGGGGACGCACCUCUUGGCAUAAUGGAAGAUGAGAUAGACCACGCCACUGACCGGGAGGCAGAUCAUGAAAACAAUGAACCAAGUAGGAUGUUCACCACCACCACCUCCUCCGCCAACAAACCCUCCUCCACCACCACCUCCACCUCCGCCACCGCCGCCUCCCUUCAAUCUGCGGCCCUCAGCGUCGACGAGAGUGGGGAUGGAGAGCACCGCAGCGGCCAGAAGAAGCACCGACACCGAAGGACGGCGGCAAACGAAGACGGGCGCCAUUUCUUCAGCUUCAGAGAAAUGCCUCUCAGAGAUGAGGGACGCAGAUUAGGAGCUUGUUGAUAUAUUUGAUGUGGCAGCAGCUCCGAGACAGCUGGGGCUUGUGAGACGAGAGGAGAGGAGCGCUGUCUGCCAAGAAAGAAGAGAGGAUGGCGGAGAGAGAAAAGAAAAACCGGCAGAUCCAGGCGACUGGCUGCUGCUGCUGCUUCUCACUUCUCUCUUACCACGUGGGGCUGCGUAUCCCCCUCCGUAUCGCCGCCAUCCGGUCGCCAUCUCUUAGCUCGCAGAUCUUUCCCUUCCUUCGCACUCCCUCUGUGUGGCGAUGUGAUGGCUGCAUAUGCAUGUGGAUCCGAUAGAUCUGCCCAUUUUCUUGUUUCAAUUCGUCAUUUCUCGUUCCUUGUCCUUAAUUGUCGCAGGCACC